CUGUGGGAGCGCGGCGCCUCCCCCCCCGCCCUCCCCUCCCCUCCCCUCCGCCCGCGGCUGGCGGCGCGCGGAAGUGACGGAGCGGGGCCGAGGGCAGGCGCGACAGGGCGCGACAGAGCGCGACAGGCCGCGGGCACCCGCAGCGCCCGCAGUUCCCUUGAAUAGCCGAUGUAGAACUCUCGCGGGCGCCCUGUGCUCCAGAUGGACCAGUCGUCUCCAACCUACAUGCUUGCCAACUUAACCCACUUGCAUUCUGAGCAGCUUCUGCAAGGCUUGAACCUCCUUCGCCAGCAUCGCGAGCUGUGUGACAUUAUCCUUCGAGUUGGCGAUGUCAAGAUUCACGCCCACAAAGUGGUGCUCGCCAGCAUCAGCCCCUAUUUCAAAGCCAUGUUCACGGGGAACCUUUCCGAGAAGGAGAAUUCAGAGGUAGAGUUCCAGUGCAUCGACGAGGCAGCCCUGCAGGCCAUCGUGGAGUACGCCUACACGGGAACUGUGUUCAUCUCGCAGGACACCGUGGAGUCGCUUCUUCCAGCCGCAAACCUUCUCCAAAUCAAGCUGGUGGUGAAGGAGUGCUGCGCCUUUCUCGAGAGCCAGCUUGACCCCGGCAACUGCAUCGGGAUCUCCCGGUUUGCGGAGACCUACGGGUGCCACGACCUCUACCUGGCCGCUAACAAGUACAUUUGUCAGAACUUCGAGGAAGUUUGUCAGACCGAAGAAUUUUUUGAGCUUUCGCAUUCUGAAUUGGACGAAAUUGUUUCCAACGACUGCUUGAACGUCGUGACGGAAGAAACGGUUUUUUAUGCGCUGGAGUCCUGGAUCAAGUACGACGUUCAGGAGCGGCAGAAGUACCUGGCGCAGCUGCUGCACUGCGUCCGCCUGCCGCUGCUGAGCGUCAAGUUCCUCACGCGGCUGUACGAAGCGAACCAUCUCAUCCGCGAUGACCACACCUGCAAGCACCUGCUGAACGAGGCCCUCAAGUAUCACUUCAUGCCUGAGCACAGGCUGUCCCACCAGACCGUGCUGAUGACGCGGCCUCGCUGUGCCCCUAAGGUUCUUUGUGCUGUGGGAGGAAAAGCCGGGCUGUUUGCCUGCUUGGAGAGUGUUGAAAUGUAUUUUCCCCAGAACGACUCCUGGAUAGGCCUGGCGCCUCUUAGCAUUCCCCGCUACGAGUUUGGGAUAUGCGUCCUAGACCAGAAAAUCUACGUUGUAGGAGGGAUCGCAACCCACGUGUGUCAAGGCAUCAGCUAUCGGAAGCACGAGAACUCAGUGGAGUGCUGGGACCCCGACACGAACACUUGGACGUCUCUCGAAAGGAUGUUUGAGAGCCGCAGCACUCUGGGAGUGGUGGUCCUGGCGGGAGAGCUCUAUGCCCUCGGUGGCUAUGACGGGCAGUCCUACCUGCGGACUGUGGAGAAAUACAUUCCCAAGGUGAAGGAGUGGCAGCUCGUGGCCCCCAUGAACAAGACGCGGAGUUGUUUUGCUGCGGCUGUCCUGGACGGAAUGAUAUACGCCAUUGGGGGCUACGGGCCCGCCCACAUGAACAGCAUGGAGCGCUACGAUCCAAGUAAAAACUCCUGGGAAACGGUAGCUUCGAUGGCUGAUAAGCGAAUAAACUUUGGUGUUGGCGUCAUGCUGGGCUUCAUUUUCGUAGUGGGUGGGCACAACGGAGUGUCUCACCUCUCGAGCAUUGAGAGAUACGACCCGCAUCAGAACCAGUGGACGGUGUGUCGGCCCAUGAAGGAGCCCAGAACAGGAGUUGGCGCAGCUGUGAUCGACAACUACCUUUAUGUAGUGGGAGGUCAUUCAGGGUCGUCCUACCUGAACACUGUGCAGAAGUACGAUCCCAUCUCGGACACCUGGCUGGACUCUGCGGGCAUGAUGUAUUGUCGAUGCAAUUUCGGUUUGACUGCACUUUGAUGGGAAGCGGGACUUCACGUGGACCUGAUGCGAAGAUGGAACUUGAUCUGCUUGAAAAUAAACCCUGCUGCUGGAGACCGUACGCUGCGUUUUCAGACGUUGGAAAAUGGGAGGAAUGUGGUGAAGUUGUGGUUGGAACGAGGAAUGAUUUGUUUUAUUCCGGUUUUCGGCCUCUGUUACUGUAGUGACACGGGCAGAAGGAACUGAAAGCUUAUAGCCGGCUGGGUUUGGAUAGCAUCUUGUUGAUGGCAGUGAAUUUUAGAGAGUGUACUGUACACGCCUAGGAUAUGGUUAGAAAACUUACUGUAUAUCUAACCCUUUCACUUUCUAGAGCUUUUCUCUCUUCCUCCUGCCUACUAAGAAACAUGAAGUUUACUGUGCUUGGCGUGAGAGAUGUGUGAGUGUGGUGCGUGACUGGAUGUUUGCCGAUAGCUGUCUGGUUGUGUCUUCAUAUUAAGAAAAUGCCAGUGCUUCAUAAUUUUUUUAUGAACAGUAACUAAAGGGCUGCCUUGUUUCUGUAUCUCAAGGUUUGUAAAUAAUAAAUGCCGUAGUAUGUUGCCUGUACACUCUCCUUUGUUACCCGUUUACUGAUAGGAGGGCUGGGAUGGUAAAUUAGUAACUACUUAAAUUUAGAAGGCAAAUUUAUAUUGCCUUUUCCCAAAAUCUUGGGAUCUGAUAAAGAAAUCUUACGUUUUCAAACUCUCCCUUUUUUGUGGAUAAAUGAGUACUAGAGUCAGUAACUUAAUCUUGCUGAUCUGCUGUGUGUUUUCAAUCGUUAUGCAAAGAAAAAUUGCAGCAGAAAUGCAUCGGAAAAUGUCACAGCAGCAUUCAUAGCAUGAUGUCAAAUAACUGCUCGGAAACGAAUCUGUCCCAUCCUUCUCCAAAGUGCACCUGCACCCGUGUCCAUGCUCCGUGUAACCUCCUUUUCUAACAGAACGUAUGAUCGCUUUCUCAGCGUGUUCGGAUAUAAAAAUGGUGCUAAAUGUAGGACUCAGCGAUAAGGCUGUUAUUCACGUUAGUGCAGUAUGCAUAAAGCACGAUUGUUCCGAUUCUCCUAGCGUUUUUGUUUAUUUGCUUGAUGCAUUUGUGCCUAUGAAAUCUGUCGAGAAUAACACAACGUACUGAAUGAGCUCUACAUUUGUUAUUUUUUUUCAGAAGAUCUCUGUUUAUCGUUCCUGUUCUGACAAAUACACAGCUAUGGAAGGAACAGGAAGACCCCCCCUCGGGUUCGUCAGCCUUGCCUUUACCACAAGUUGCAGUGAAGUGGCACAGGGCACGGUUACUUACCCUGAGCGUGUCCUGUGUGACGGGGCUUCGAAGGUUGGUUCCUGAGACUACCCAGAACCUCAAGAAGUAAUAACUUUGCGAUAGCCCCAAACUUUGUGAAAAUGUGGGCGGAUAAACAGGAAGUGAUGCUGUGGGUUAUAACCAUUAUUUAAAGUAAAGGACUGAGUAAAUAUUAAUUUUAGCUAAUUUAGCAUGUUUUAGUUUGUCUUCUGAUUUUAACUAGGAAUCAUAAUUACCUUGAGUUUUUGUUUUGAUGUCUGUGUGUGUAUUGCCAGACCUGGUACUUAAGAAUUUUUUUGCCUUGAGUUACUUUUUUGCUCUUGUUUUAACAUGUUAAAUUAAUGUUUGUUUCCCCUUGUUUUCCAAGCCCAUAUAGUAUUAUUUUUGAAGGUGCAAUAAUAUUUGAAAUAGUUGCUUUAAAAGCCAUUUCUUUAUAAGUAUGCUAAGUGGACGUUUGCUGAGUAUACCUAAUUUAUUUUUAAGUUCCUGCAAAGCUAAUUGUAGCCAGUCAAAUAGCAGUGUUCUUUGUUCUUCCACAAGCUGACAUUCAGACUUUAAACAGCCGAGGAGACGAGGCUGUUUUCACCGUAAAACGUUACUCACGGAUAACAGGUGUUUGCACAAAUCAGAAAAUCCUGCGCGUGUUCGUCAAAUUUGGUAGAGUUAAGCAGGACUUCAAAAGCAAAUAAAAUUAACAGCUUCAAAGUUUUCAGUGCAGUUUACCUGACCCUCUAAGGAUUCUAGCCGUAUAGCAAUAAUAGCGUGACUGAGUUAUUCCAGUGAAUCUCCUCGUAGGACACAAGGAGCUACGCUGUACGUUGCAUGUCGGGGGGCUGAGGAGGGAGGGGAGUGGCUGGGGGCUGGUGGUUAAUGGACGUGUUUCAGCCUGCAGAGAUUGCCUCUCGUUUCUGUUCAGGUAAACGCACAAGCUGAAUGUUUACAUGUGCGGUUUUACUCCUCGUUGACAGCGUCCCAGAUGCCAUUGCUUAUCAUAUUUUCCAAUAUACACCAAAAGGUAAAGAUAGAUUAAUGUUAAAAGAGAAUUUCCUUACUUAAAAGCUUAAGCCUUGAAGUGGUAGGGGGCUUCCCGCGCCGCUCGGUACGUGCUGCGCCAUCAGCGUCUGACUGCAGCACGAUUCCGUGAACGAAGAUGUCCGUGCGUCUUCGGCGGUGUUGGUCAGUGAGGUUUCCGGUUAGCAGAAAGCGGUGCAAGAUGGAGAAAUUAUUUUGACAUCAGAACAAAACAAGCAGGGUGAUGUCACUGGCUGUUCACUGUUUAUGUGACCAUCUUUCAUCUCUGGAAGUCAGAACACUUCAUUACAAAAUGGUUUGUUACGUUUACCUGGGCGGUAGCAAUAUGAAGUUAGGUCAUAGCGACUGACCCCGAGUUGUGCAAUGGGGUUUUGCUAAAUUUUAACAUAGCAGGCGUAAACAAUUUUUUCUUACGCAGCCUUGGGAUUAAGCAUGGGGAGGAUACCCGAUGAAAUAUACUGCUGUUAUUAGACGAGCUGUUUAGCUAGAAAUGGAUCGAACAGUGUAUGAAAUUAGGGAGAGCGUCAGUUCAAGCCAUGCCAUCUUCCUUUUCUGUUCUGGGUGCUUGUCGUCCUGUUCACUGAAGUGCUUGGUUAUGGGAAGAUCAGACCCAACAACUUGUUUAAAUCUGCAUUUACAGUACAGUUCUCUUAUUGCAAUGUCUGUCUUGCAGUUUAAAAACUAAGGACCUUCAAAUAAGAUGUCAUACAACUAUAAAUUAUCAUCCAGUUCUAUUUCUUAAUCACUCAAAGUGAUCUGUAAAGCACUUUAAAACAGGCAUGAGUUUAUAUGUGUUCACACAGUUCCUGAAUUUCUGCUUUUUUAAUUCGGGUAGCCAUCCGUAAGCUUCUUGACUACUUGGCCCGGUAGCCUCCCCUCCUAGGAACGCUUUUCUUUCAGGAGGCCUACCUGGAAUCUUUUGAAGGGGCAACUUUGUCCAAACACAUUACAAACGGUUAACUUUUACUGGGAGAUAGCACGUCACUUUUGUGAAGUCACCAUCUGUAAGUCCCCAUUCAUUGUAUGAAACAAUGCAAAAUGUCCGAGCUUGCCUUAAAUUCUUGAUAUUUAACUGAAACGCAAAGAACUGGAUGAUAAUUCCUAUUUUUUUGCCUUAUGCGCUGUGCUGUAUUUUAAACCCAAGGAUAACUAUAAUUUUUAGCAGGAUUUAAUAAUUGUACAGAGAAUACCAAAUUGUACUCGGACUUACCGGAGUGCUUUGGUUGGGAGUACAAACUGAUGUACGUAGUCGUGCGUAUGUGGAGUGUUUUUAUGUGCACACCUUUUUUAGCAGCGGUGUUCUGGUUUUGUUACUGUUUACACAGGUGGUAUUUGAGUUCAACGGGAAAUACGUGUGACUUGCAUCCUUCUUCUUUACUGGUGUUCGCAGUGUGUUCGCUGUCGUGAUGAUGCUCCGUAACUGUUGUAACUACUUCAUUGAAUGUGAAACGAUUUAGUAAAUAAACCUGGA